UCUCCCUCUGCACUUUGUGAACCGCUGCUGCAGUGCUGAAGUCCAAAGUUCAGUAACUUGCUAAGCACACAGAUAAAUAUGAACCUUGGAGAAUUUACAUUGCUCCAAUGUAAACAGAUAGCCAAGGGUCCCUUUAUCAGCACUGGCUCAGGACAGUCGUGGGGGGUCUGAAGUGGCUCAAUUUUGUAUUUUGUUUUUUUUGGGGGGGCGUAAAGGCGGGAGGCUGUGCUGUGCCCACUCUCCUGACAGUCGGGCGUGUUACCUCAGGAACAUGGUGUAGGGAAGCUGGAAGCAGGAUAACCUGAAAUUCAAAUCCAGGAGACACCAGCCUGAAGACCAUGGUCUCGAAGCUGAGUCAUCUUCAAGUGGAGCUGCUGGGAGCGCUGCUGGAGUCAGGGCUAACCAAGGAGACCCUGAUCAAGGCGCUGAGCGAAGUGGAACCCUACGUGCUCCAGAGUGAAAGUCAGCGCGCUAUCAAUGCCCUCCAGACAGAGAAAGGGGAACCCUGUCCCGACAUCCCCAACGGAAUGGGGGAGUCCAGGUUAUCAGAAGAUGAAACCUCUGAUGACGGGGAGGAAUUUACCCCUCCAAUAAUGAAGGAGCUGGAAAACUUGAGCCCUGAGGAGGCUGCUCACCAGAAGGCUGUGGUGGAAAGACUAUUACAAGAGGACCCCUGGCGAGUAGCAAAGAUGGUGAAAUCCUACCUCCAGCAGCACAACAUCCCUCAGCGUGAAGUGGUGGACACUACUGGUCUGAACCAAUCUCACCUCUCGCAACACCUCAACAAGGGCACUCCCAUGAAGACCCAAAAAAGGGCAGCCCUCUACACCUGGUAUGUCCGCAAGCAGCGAGAGGUGGCCCAGCAAUUCACACACGCUGGCCAGGGUAUCCUGACAGAGGAGCCCAUGGGAGAUGACCUGCCCACCAAGAAGGGAAGAAGAAACCGCUUUAAGUGGGGUCCUGCCUCACAACAGAUCCUGUUCCAAGCCUACGAGAGACAGAAAAACCCCAGUAAAGAAGAGAGAGAGGCACUGGUGGAGGAGUGCAACAGAGCAGAGUGUAUUCAGAGAGGUGUUUCCCCAUCUCAGGCCCAGGGACUGGGCUCAAACCUGGUGACGGAGGUCAGAGUUUACAACUGGUUUGCCAAUCGCAGGAAGGAGGAGGCUUUCCGGCACAAGCUGGCCAUGGACACCUUCAGCGGACCACAGCCCACCUCUGCUCCCCCUUUAACUCCUCACAAUUCUUCCUCUCUCCAGCCACCAUCUGCUCUUUCACCCAGCAAAGUUCACGGAGUGAGGUACAACCAGCAGCCAGCCAGCGAGCCAGAGUCCUCCAGCAGCAACCACCAUGGGAACAGUUCCAUGGUGACCACCCAAACCAUCCUGCAUCAGGUUUCUCCCCCUGGACUGGAGCCCAGUCAGAACCUACUGAGCACAGACACUAAGCUGGUCUCAGCUCCGGGAGGAACUCUCCCUCCUGUCAGCACCCUGACCGCCUUGCACAGCCUAGAGCAAAAUCCACAUGCGCUGAGCCAGCAAACUCAGAACCUUAUCAUGGCAUCACUGCCAGGUGUUAUGGCAAUUGGAGCUGGCGAGACCUCAUCCCUAGCACCAGCAUUCACCAACACAGGUGCCUCCACCCUGGUGAUAGGCCUGGCCUCAACACAGCCCCAAAGCGUACCUGUAAUAAACAGCAUGGGGAGCAGCCUCACUACCCUGCAGCCUGUCCAGUUCUCCCAGCAACUGCACCCAUCCUACCAGCAGCCCCUCAUGCAGCAAGUCCAGAGCCAUAUCAACCAGAGUCCCUUCAUGGCUACCAUGGCCCAGAUACAGAACCCUCACGCUCUCUACGGCCCCAAGUCUGAAGUGGCCCAAUACACACAUACAGGCCUAUUACCACAAACCAUGGUGAUAACAGAUACAGCCAAUCUCAGCGCCCUGACUAACCUGACACCAACUAAACAGGCAUUCACAUCUGACUCGGAGACUCACACAGAGUCUGGGAUGCAUACGCCAGUGUCACAGGCACCAACAAUACAUUUACAGAACCAAGACACAACCAUCCAGCACCUUCAGCCAGGCCCUCGCCUCACCUCAAGCCCUGCCGUGUCCUCCAGUAGCCUGGUGCUGUACCAAAGCUCUGACUCUGCCAACAGCCACAGCCAGCUGCUGCCAUCCACUCACAAUGUCAUAGAGACCUUCAUCUCCACACAGAUGGCAUCCUCCACUCAGUAAUUAAGACAACUAGCUCACAGGUGACUGCCACAACCAACCUGUCAGGUGCAACUCCAACUGUGUUUGCCAUAACUGUCACCACUGCCUUCCACAGGAAGGAAAGGCUGCUGCGCUCAGCUGACCUCCAGCCCCUACUGCCUCACACAAAUCCCUUCACUGCCUCCAUGAGAGACUUACCAGGCUCAAGACAGAAGUCACAGAAAGAUGAUGCUGGUACUGCUAAAAUCCACUGCCUGUCCCUCAAAAACCAAUCAAACCCAAACCUCAUGAGCCAGCUUAGAAUGGCCAGAUGUCCUUUUGUGGCUGCCCAAGAAGGGAUCCCAUCAAGACAAGGGAUCCAAAUGCAAUACAGCAAAAAUGCCAGGCUGUGGAUGGGACUUUCAUGCUGCUCAGCCUUCAUCAAGCUGGGCCUGUAAAAACCUUCCAGCACCAGACUAAGCCAUGCAGGAAUGAGCAAAGCUGAGAUGCCAAAGAACGGACACCAUCCUCAAAAUGCUCACUUCCUUUGCUGUAAGGAAAUGCCAGUCAAAACUACAAGAAAUAAUAGCAUCUUGGAGGCAAGAGUGAGAAAACCUAGUUCCUGACUUUACAAUGAUCAUCACCAAGAAACAGAUUCAGGAAUGGCUUGGCACAAACCUGUCCAUAUGGGAUCACUAACUACAAGCUACAAAUCCUUUAAUUAACUACAAAAAUACCAAACAUUCCCAGUUUAAAAUGACAUGGUCUAAAAAUCAUGCUCUCCUAGUGGAAAUGGCUUGGUUAUUUUUGAUAUAGCUCUGCUUUGUUUUAAAUGCAGAAAUUAAAACUUUAACAGCAGCAAGGAGAUUCCAGUUCUCUGCAUUAACCAUGUGGAUUCUCAUCUUGUGCAUCUUGCCAAAUGAGCUGGGGGAUGGCAUUUUCCACCAGUCCCUAACAAUGCACAACACCUGGGAGGUUCCAUGCUCCACAGAGAGCAGCAGUUCCUUCAGUUGUUCUCUAUAAAAAUGUCAGCUUGGGUUCAUUUUACAGAACAUGGUUCAUGCUUAGCUUCCCUGUAGGUUAGAUUCUGUCUCGAUAUGCAAAUCAUUACCCUGGGGUCUAAGAAUCUUACUUGCACUAAGUGAAGGUUUUUAGCCCUAAGGAUCUACUUACAUAAUUCCUCUUAAUUAUUCCUCUCUUCUCUAUUUACUCUCAACAUCCACGUCACAGAUAUGUCACUAGCCAGACAUGAAAAAUGCCCUGAUUAACAUGCUUAUGUCUUUGUGACUAGAACAACUAUUCUUUCAGCUGUGAAAUGGAUGAAAAUUCUUGAGACCAGAACGUGCUCAAAACUCUUAAAAGGUUAAGAUACAAGGGAGAAUUCAAAAAGAAAAAGCCCAACAGCGAACUCUUCAGUUAUCACAUCUGGAAAUUUCGAAAUUGCAGCUGUCCAUUACAGAUUUUACAGAUGAGAGAUUCCUCUAUAUACCCUCAACCAUCAGAAACUAAUUUCAGUAACUAGAUUCUCUGGUUAAUUCUAUCCUAGAAUUGUUUCCUGACCUCCCAUGUGCAUGAGUUGCAAAUACAUAUAGCUUCCAAUUAGCAUAAAAAUAAUCACACCAUAUAACAAGUCAAAAGGUUACAUUCAGACCACUAUGCAUUUGAAACCCCAGGUGCCAGCUUCAGUAUACUGAAGUUUUAACUGCCCAUAAGACAAGUAACUUCUGCUAGCACAUUCAGUUAGAUUACAAGUCAGUUUUGCACUUAGCUGGAUGCCAGCUGUGUUUUCUUGACUAAAAAACAGCUAGGAUCUUAACAGUAGGAAAGAAAACAUCCUACGUUUUCCCAUGCUCAAAGAGCAACGGUUUGCUAUUUCAGUUUCUCUAAUCUGGCUUUCUGGUCUCCUGAAUAUGGACAAUAAGUUAGAGCUACUGAAACCCAACAAUAUUAAAAACAAAAGAAGAGUAUUUAUCCUCUAACAAGUAAUUUCCUGAAAUACUGGAACUGAAGUUUAAAUGGACUAAGAACAUUACUGAAAACUACCAAAACCCACUGUAUUUCAGAGAGACAAAAUUCAUAAUCAACCAAAAUAAGGACUGAAACACUGUGCCUUUAUAUUAGGCUUAAGUUCUUCCUGUAGCAAUUUCCUAGCAUUGAUUAUCAAGCAACCAAAGAGCCACCUUCAGACAUCUUUACCUCUGUUGGGGCAGCCAUCUGAAUAGAGCAAGAAAACCACUGUUGUACAAAACCUGUUAAAUUAAUAAUAGUGCAGUAGAAUUUAAUAACAAUGAAUGCCAUGAAAAAAACUACCCAUUAAAAAAGUUUCAAUGGUCACAA